UCGCCCAUUACAGCAACAAAUAUGUAGCCGAAACAUUGCCUGCCUCUCGGCCUUGCCCGAAACCCAUCAAAUGUUGCAAAAAACCUGUCGUGAUUUUGCCAAUUCCGAAUUGGUACCCAAUGCGGCCAAAUGUGAUCGUGAACAUUUGUAUCCCGAACAACAAAUUAAGAAAAUGGGUGAAUUGGGUCUAAUGGCUGUGGCCAUACCCGAGGAAUUGGGCGGUACUGGUCUCGAUUACAUGGCCUAUGCCAUUGCCAUGGAAGAAAUCUCAAGAGGCUGUGCCUCGGCCGGUGUCAUUAUGUCUGUCAACAACUCCCUGUAUUUAGGACCAAUCGAUAACUUCGGCAAUGCCAAACAAAAGGAACAAUUCAUUACCCCAUACACAACUGGUGAUAUUGUCGGCUGUUUUGCUUUGUCCGAACCCGGUAAUGGUUCUGAUGCUGGUGCCGCCUCCACCACAGCCGUUGACAAGGGCGAUCACUACGUUCUAAAUGGCACAAAAGCUUGGAUUACCAACGCCUACGAGGCCAAGGCAGCUGUUGUUUUCGCCACCACCGAUAAAUCCCUGAAACACAAAGGCAUUUCCGCCUUCAUUGUACCCAAAGAUACCAAAGGUUUCUCGUUGGGCAAAAAAGAAGAUUAGCUGGGUAUACGCGGCUCGUCCACCUGUCAAUUGAUUUUCGAAGAUUGUGUCAUCCCCAAGGAGAACAUUUUGGGCAAACCUGGUUAUGGUUUUAAAAUUGCCAUGAAAACCUUGGAUGCCGGUCGUAUUGGUAUUGCCAGUCAGGCUUUGGGUAUUGCCCAAGCUUCGUUGGAACUCGCUGUAGAUUACUCGCAAAAGAGAAUUGCUUUCGGUAAACCCAUUUCCAAAUUGCAAGCCAUUCAACAGAAAAUUGCCGAUAUGGCUUUGAGAGUGGAAUCGGCUCGUUUGUUGACAUGGCGUGCUGCUUGGUUGAAGGACAACGACAAGCCAUACACCAAAGAGGCUGCUAUGGCCAAGUUGGCUGCCUCUGAAGCUGCCACUUUCUGCAGUCAUCAAUGUAUUCAGGUAUUGGGUGGUAUGGGUUAUGUCAGCGACAUGGCCGCUGAACGUUAUUAUCGUGAUGCUCGUAUUACGGAAAUCUAUGAAGGUACCUCGGAGGUGCAACGUUUGGUAACAGCUGGUGCCAUACUUAAAGAAUAUGCUGCCUAAA